AUGAGACCCGAGGCGGCGGCUGGAGCCCCGGAGGCGCGGGGACAAGGCUGUCACUGCCCCGAGGAUGGUUCCCCGAGGUCACCGCCACCGCGCGGGUCCGAGAGCCCCACACCGUGGAGACCGUGGACGGCGACGCCCGGAGAUACCCAGCUGGCCGCCGCAACGGGGAGCCCGGGCAGGCUGGAGCCUGGGGGAGACGGACGACACGCUUUAGGAUCCAAGGGGGCCUUCGGGUUCCAACAUCCGGUCAGGCUCUACCUCCCCGUUUCCAAGCGCCAGGAGUACCUGCAGAGCUCCGGGGAGAAGGUGCUGGCCAGCUUCCCUGUGCAGGCCACCAUUCACUUCUACAACGACGAAUCCGACGGGUCUGAUGACGAAGGUGACGACCAGGAGCAAGAGGCCGAGGGGCCAGGGAACGCGGCUCCCCAGGCAGAGCCCAGCUGA